AUGAAACCUAAGGCCGAAAUUCAUGUUAUCGAUAGCCCUCGCGCCGACACAUAUCGAGACAAAGUGGUGGCCACAUACAACGACCCACCGGAGCUAUGGCAUCAAGUUCUGGGGCAUGACAACUUGAGCUUCCAGUUUGGCUUGUUCGACGACGCUGAGCUGGCUGAAGGCGCCAAACCGGGGUCCACUGGCCCUUCAGAGUUUCGUCACUUUGGCCGCCAACUGGAGCUUGCCGGGCUAGACGGUCCAGACCGGCCUCGAAUUCACCGUAUCUUGGACCUGGGCUGUGGUUGGGGCUACAUCUCGCAGUACAUGGCCAAGGAGUUCGGUGAUUGUCCGCGCAUCGAUGCCAUUAACAUCAGUCCUCGCCAAUUGGAGUACUUCGCAGAACACCUGCCCGUUCGAUUCCACUCAACCGUCCAGCUGUAUCUCUGCAACGGACAGGACGUGGAUCUAUUGCCUGAUCCCGAUGUACCAUACGACCUUGUCGUAGUGCGCGGCGUUUACACCCACUUUCUCAACGAUGUGUUUGAAGCAUCAGUAGCUCGAGUAGCGAGGCGGUUGGCUCCAGGCGGAACUCUGGUGAUUUCAGACACCUUAUAUCGUACAAGCAGCCUCAACUCUUAUCGAUCCGCCAUCCCUGAUCGAGUGGACCGUCUGGCCUGUGGCAAUCGAAAGACACCGGAGUAUUUUGUCCGUGUCCUCGAGCAGAAUGGGUUGACGAUCCAGGACCUGCGCGUACUGCCUUCCGCUCGCGAAGCUAUUCACUGGUUCAACAAAGUGCGGUUGAACAUUGAGCAGAACUUCCCCGAAGGAACCAAUGGACCAAUUCAAGAGUUGUAUGAUCAAGCCCGGAGCUUCUCGAAGGCCGUAGCUCAGAACCAGGCUUCUGUCUACAGCAUCAUUGCUAGGCGCCCGGUCGACGAGUUGAAUGGGGAGUGA